UCUGAGUUAAAUUUAGAAUUAUCGUGUUACUCGUUCUGACAAGACCAAAGUUCACUGUAAAACUCCCAUCGAGCUACCACGACCAAACAUUCUUCUUUAUAUAGAAACCAGAAUCCGAGAAUGGCAUUAAAAGGCAUCAAAGUUAUAGAAAUGGCUGGAUUGGCGCCAGCACCGUUUUGUGGAAUGAUUUUGUCCGAUUUUGGUGCAAGAGUUAUAAGAGUAGAUAGGCCUAAAACACUGAUGAAUGCCGAUCGUUUGAGUCGAGGUAAACAAUCAAUAGCGGUUGAUUUAAAGAAACACGAAGGUAGAGAGGUAGUACGCAAAUUAUGUCAGACUGCUGACGUACUAUUAGAACCCUUCAGACCAGGUGUAAUGGAGAAGCUAGGAUUAGGACCAGAGAGAUUAAUGAAGGAUAAUACAAGUUUAAUUUAUGCUAGAUUGACAGGUUAUGGACAGAAUGGUUGUUUAUCACAUCAAGCUGGUCAUGAUAUUAAUUAUAUAGCUACUUCGGGUGUGUUAUCAAGUUUAGGAAGAAAGGGAAGUAAGCCCCAUGCUCCUAUUAAUCUUGUUGCUGAUUUUGCUGGAGGUGGUAUGACCUGUGCUCUAGGUAUAAUGAUGGCGUUGUUUGAAAGAAAUACGUCUGGAUUAGGUCAGGUGAUAGAUACCAGUAUGGUCGAAGGUUCCGCAUAUAUAUCCAAGUUUCUGUGGUCUACUAGAGACAUGAUGAUCUGGGGUAAAGAAAAGGGAGAUAAUUACCUUGAUGGUGGUGCAGCUUUCUACGAUACGUAUAAAACAUCUGAUGAUAAAUAUAUGGCUGUUGGCUCGUUAGAACCACAGUUCUUCAUACAAUUAUUGAAAGGUUUGAACCUAGAAUCGGAAGAUAUCACUCAAUUUGAUGAUCAGAACGAAAUGAAAAAAACAUUCACACAGAAAUUCGCCACAAAAACCAGAGACGAAUGGACGGAAAUAUUUGAAAAAUUAGACGCUUGUUGUACACCCGUAUUAAGUUUAGACGAAGCCUCGUCACAUCCACACAACGUGGAAAACAAAACAUUUUUAAAAUCCGACGAUGGAAACGUGGAGCCAGGUCCAGCUCCGAAAUUAUCGAGGACACCUGCUGUAAAUAAGUUAUUACCGUUUCCAGUGAUUGGUCAGGAUAGUGUGGAUAUAUUAAAGGAAAUGGGUUAUAAUGAGAAUAAUAUCGAUAAUUUAAUCAAGAAUAAUAUCGUAGAGCAGAACAUGACGACAAAAUCUAAACUCUGACAUGAACAUUAAAUAAAGGAUAUAUUUUUGUUAUGGUUAAA